AUGUUUAAUUACAAUAGUAUAAAUGAUAUUAAAAAAACAAAUAAUAAUAAUAAUAUUAAUAUUAAUAAUAAUAAUAAUAAUAAUAAUAAUAAUAAUAAUAAUAAUAAUAAUAAUAAUAAUAAUAAUAAUAAUAAUAAUAAUAAUAAUAAUAAUAAUAAUAAUAAUAAUAUUUACACUAAUUUCUUAAAAAAUUUUAAAAAUUUUUUUUUUUUUUUGAAUUGGAUAACGCAAUUAUUAUUUGCUUCUCCUUGA